AUGACAUUAAAAUCAUGUAUUCGUUUAUAUAAUUACCAAUAUAAUAUCAAAACUCAAGGACAAAUUUUAUCAAAUUCACUUAAAAAUUCUUUCAUUCAAACAUCAUUUAUUCAUUUCUAUAAUCGAUAUAAUCAUAAUAAAUACAAUCAUCAUCUAUUUUCUAUAAUUGUUAAUAAAACAAUUACUAUAUAUUCAAAUAUAUGCAUAGGUUUAAUGUCAAAGAAAAUAUUCGAUUCAUUAAAUAAAAUCAUAUUUGCACCUUAUAAUUAUUUACAUGAUAAACUUUCAUUUUCUUCUAUAUUCAAUUUGUAUUUUCAUAUUCAUUAUUUAAAUGAUUUGUUAAUAUUUGAUGAAACAGAAAAAAUGAUUAAUGAUUAUGAAAAAUCAAAUUUUUUUUGUUCAGUUAUUGAUAUGACUAUGUUAUCAGAUAUAUAUGUUGAUCAACAUUUAAUUUUAACACAAAAAUUAGAUAAUACAAUGAAACAUCUUUUCUUUAAAAUGUAUUCAUCUUCUAGUAAACAUAAACAAAACAACACGAUUCAUUCAAAUAAAAAAAAAGAAUUAGAAAAUAAAAUUAAACAAGAAAAGUCAAUUACUAAUGUAAAUGGUCAAUUAUGGGAAUUUACAGUUGAUGAUCGGUCUCAUCCUCGAUUUGAAGAAAUUAAUGCUGAACUUGAUCGUAUAGCAAUUGAACUUGUUAAACAUGGUCAUAAUCUUGAUUCAGCUUGGAUAACUCCGAAAGUACGAGAAGCUACACUUCGUGCAUCCGCUUCAUAUUAUCGUAGUGGAAGGCUUGCAUUAGCUUUUAAUUUGAUUCAAAGAUCUGUUCCAUUUUUUAUUCAAAUUACUAAUGAUAUUCGUACUUGUCAGGAUUGUCAUGAAUUCAUGAAACCAGUAGUUAAACUUGGACAGUGUAAAAUAACUAUUUGUAAUUCUAAUCGUAUUCAUCGAUUUUACAAAAAUGGUGAAUGUUCUUGCAAAGAUUAUUUUUGA